AUGUCCGAGAAUACGAAGCAGUUAAAAAGUCAAGAUAUGAAGAUUCUAGAAGGAGGAAAGGUGAUGAAGGUGCAAAAAACUAGACAGAGGAAGAUUUUGAGUUGUAUAUAUUGCCAUUCCAAGAAGAUCAAGUGCUCAAGAGUACAACCGGUUUGUAAUAAUUGUGACAAGCUAGGAUUGGAGUGUAAGUACUUCAUUAAUGAACGGGUUAGUAGAGGAGGAAAGAAGCUGAGUCGACUGGUCGAGCCUCAGACGAAGGUUAAGGUGGAAGUAGUGGCAGAUGAAGUUAAACCAAGAGAGCUCGAAGGGGAUAUAAAGCUAGAAAACGUUGCGAGAACAGAUUCGGUGUCGUCUUAUUCGGACCAUAAUAUCUCGCCCAUGUCACCUAAAUCGAAUGAAAAUAGCAAUGAGUCUGUGACGACUAAUGAUGAUAUUGUUUUGUGCAAGGAAGACUCUCAGUUUGCAGAUCUUUAUUUUGGACUUAACAUGCAAGCUCAGUCACCCUUGAACCAGCUUAACCAACCUCUCAAGAAUUUUAAUGGUAGUCCUAUGAACCCAUUAUUGCAGACUCCUGUGAUGAACACGGGAAGUAACAAUAUUACCAACAAUUUCUUCAAUACAAACUAUAUGUCAAAUCAACAAGAUGAACAAUACCAGUUUAAUUUAAGCUCGUUUCCAUUUAAUCAUGAAAACAUUACCAAUAGGUCUGGAAUGACACCACCACCAAUGAGUAUUAUUAACACUAGAGCUCAAAGUAAUUCCAACAGUCAUUCAAAUAGCCACACGAAUCUCAGUGGUCUACUUGCUAAAAGUAACCAACAAAACAGGAGCAAUUUUAUUGAUAAUCAAAACAGCAAUUCAUUUUUGGCUAAUGCAAACAAUAAUAAUAAUAGUAAAGCAGCUGCGAGUCAGUUAAGUAUUGAGAUUAGUAAUUCCUUGAAUCCGUAUUCGUCCAAUCCAGCUACGACUGUUAAUUUCCUUUAUGGAACGAAUACCUAUUAUGAUAACGAGCAUCUUUUAGAUGACUUGCUUAAACAUUUGCCUUCUUCGAGAGAAAGGUCCUUUGAGUUGAUCAGCAGAUAUAUUAAUUCAGUUCAUAUUCUUUUACCUUUAAUGGUUAAUCUUCAAGACUUUAUUGAUGAACAUUCGAAGUACUGGGAUGAGCAUGAUCGUAUGAAAGAGAAUUCUGAUUCUAAUAUAGUAAAAGCAGAUACUCCGUCACUGGGUAAUAACCCUGAUAUUUUACAAUUCUAUACAUUUUAUUUCCCUAUAUUAUAUGCAUCCACUGUUUCCGAGUUUGAAGAAUAUGAUAAUUUGUUAUUGAACCAAGACAUAGAUAAAUAUUUGAAGGGAUUUAACAAGAUCUGUCAGUAUUACAAUUAUCCACAUGGAUUGAGAACAAUCCCAUUAUUGUUAGGUAAUGUAAUUAUCCAGCUGACUUCGCCCAAUCCAUCAUCUAUGGAGAUGUCUCAAAUUAUAAGGUACGCAAAAUUUUUGCAGUUCCAUAAGGAUCCAGUUUUAACAUUAAGAAUUAAUGAUUGGGAAGUGGUUAAAUUUAGACGUUUGCUAUGGUGGGUAAUUUUCGGUUUAGAUGCCUUAACAAGCCAUAAUCAUUGUUUACCUCCAAUUUGCAAGUUUGAUGAUUUUAAUGUGGUCAUGCCUGACGAAGAAGAACCAGUUUUUAAUGAGAAUGGCUUAAUUAAAGAUAAAAAGCUCAAUGUCGCUAUGUUAUCAAUGAAUGUUAAAUUUCAAUAUGAUAGAAUUUUAAGUGAAUUGGUGUAUCAAUUGCAUAAUGGGUUAUCAAAUAAUAUUACCAGAGAGGAAAUUAAUGAAAUUAAGUCAAUGAUCACGAACUUAUUUUAUCAUAUUCACGAAUCAAUUAAUAAGAUGACACAAUUUUAUAAAUUGAACCCACCUCAAACUGUCCAGGAAAUGAAUUUAAUAAACUUUAUCACAAACCAUAGUUGGAGUUUUGUUGAUCGUGCAUUAAUGCUUUUGCAUAAGAAAAUUUUACUUCGUGAUUCGUCAAAGGACCCAAAGAAUGACUUUGAUGAGAAGCAAGGGAAUGAAGCUAUUAAGUACGAGGAUAAAUAUGAGAUCAAUCGUAGUAAGAAUAGAGGAGGAAUUUUAUCUUUAAGCCAAUAUGAGGAUACAUUUGGUCAAAUUCAAGAAUCAAAUAUUAUCAGAAAUUUUGACAAUUCAACUAUAUCACAGUUGAAAUUCAGCCAGCAUGAGAACUUUUCCUAUGAAAAUUUGGGGAACAACUUGAUUCCAUCUAUUUUGCAUAAUUUGAAUGACUUCUUAAAAUAUAACGAUUUUAUUAAAUUCGGUAAAUUUAAUUGGUAUGUUAAAAGAACCAUUCCAUUAGAUUCUAUAAUUUUGAUGUUCAUAAUUAUCACGGUUAAAUUUAACUACGAAUUCAUGACAAGUAAUGAAUUAGUUAUUUAUGUUAAAUUGAUUAAUAAGGCAUUGUUCAUUCUUAAUAGAAAAUGGUUUAAAAAUGAAAAAUAUAAAAGAAUGUUAUCUUUAACGAACUCGGUAUGGAGAUUCAUAUUGGAAAAAUACAACAUCAUUAACCUUAUAACUCAACAUAAUCUCGGUAAUGAAAAUAUAAAGUCCGAAAUUGAAUUUUGCGAUUCUCAGGUUGCUGGUUAUAUGAAUAUGAAUGAAUUAUUCAAUGUUAUGGAUGUACCACAACCCAUUCCUCCACAAGCAUCCCCUACUUUUACACCUGUUGCUAACUUGAGAAAUGGUCUGUUUUCAAGUAAUCAAGAAAGCAUUACGUUCCAGCAGAAUUCAUUAAUAACAAAGGAUCAGUACAAUCUUACUUCAAAUGAUACAUUAACGACGAAUGAAAAUGAUUUAUCAAAUUCACAACAAGACAAGAACGAGUUACGACAAUUGAGCGAUAAAAUUUAUUAUUCAUUAAGAAAUAACUUCGUUGAUAUCAACGAUUAUUGCUCUUUCUAUAUUUCAUUGGAAAAUAUCUUACAUGAAUUAAUGGAUUAUAUUCAUAAAUCUUAA